CUAUAAAUGACGUAAUAGUUGUAUAAACUGAUAUAUUAGUACCUAAUGUUGAGAUUUGUCGCAUCUGUUUCCAAUCUGCAUGCUCUAUCGUAAACUUUAAUCUAGAACCUAAAUAAGAUAAUUCGAUAUUUGGAAAUUUUAUUGUGCAAAAUUUUGUAUCCAAAACAGUAACAUAUCUCCAAAUGCAACUCAGUGUUGCGUAUAUUCACCACAACUAUUUUGCUACAUAAUUUGAACAUUUUUUGCUGGUAUUCUUCUUUCUGGGCCGUUGACCCAUCUUCGUAUUUUUUCCCGUAAAAAAUUUAAGAAAUUGAAGGUAUUUAAUAUGUUUCGACCCGAAACUGAGGACUUAUUGCCAAGAAUGGCUCCAAAGCCAAGUGCACCGAUUGGUCUUAACGAAGCUGUAGUAAGGCCGCAAGUGCCUGAAGUGUCUAUACUUUUUGGAAAAAAGUCGGACGAAAAUAAUGAAAAAAACUCGAACACAGGCAUACAACAGCAGCAAUCAUAUGCAGUGUGGAAAAAGCAAAUGUUACCACGAGUUACCUUCCCGUCAAGUUUCGAACAGAAAGAAAGGAGACAUCUGAGAAGUGAUAUUUUAGGAAAUAAUGUUAAUGCAGAAAACGUUUACUGUAGAUCAAAUGUAUAUCCUUUGAAAGAAGCUCCUACAACGCCAUUUCUAUCUUCGCCCUCAAUCAAUGCAAACGGGGCAUAUCGCCAGAAUUUAGACAAUAACACCAAUCCGUUUUACCAACAACAUCAAUACCCGGGAAAACCUCUCGAAGUAGCCGCACCAUUGGUUUCUGCAAUGAAUAGAGAUGUUCUGACUAUUUGUGCUAGUACCCAAACAGACGCAACUGUAUCGCCUAGCAAAUUGGACGGUUUUCCAAAUGUUCCUUGGCAUAGCUUAGCUGCUAAGCAGGAUGUGCAGGAUUUGUUACAAAUGGUUCAGGACAUCCGUCAAGAUCAAUUAUGCAUAAUGCAGAUUUGUCAAGCUCUAAUAAUAAAUCAGCAAAACCAACAAGAAAGGCCGCAGAUGCAAAAUGUAGCUACUCAAGUAGAGGAUGAAAUAUAUGAGCACAUAUGUAGAGAUGUACAAGAACAACACGCAAUGGGUCCGGUUAACAAGUUUCUCAAAAACGUAAUUUCAAGUCCAUCUUCAUAUCACACUCCAAAAGGAAAACCAACAGCUCAAUCAACAACUUACAAACCCAACAGCCCGCAAGCAGACUACAUGCCUGCUCCAUUUGAGGGAAACCAGAAAGCAGGGUUUUCCAAAACAGGCAGCGAUCGUAGUCUACUAAUGGGCCAACUUGCUCUGAAGUAUUUGCCUAGAGAAAAGCUAGCCGAACUCUUACAAGAAUUGAACGUGGACUGCCCAGCAACCGAACAAAAAGAAUUAUUGACCGAGCCUCCGGCUUCUAACAAUAUUCCUUUGCGUAAUAUAGAAAACUACGAGAGAGGACCUGCCGAUAUUUCGAAUGCCUCUUACAAAUACCUAAAGAAGUACCGCUUACUGCCCGAAGACCAUUCGCAGCCAGAAAACAUUCCGAUUACAAAUGACGUCGCGGAUUGUGGACAACUUUAUGACAUGGGGCAAUCUCCACCCAUCAAUUUAAGACAACCGCCAUUGAUGCAUAGAAAAAUUACGCCAUAUCAACAGGCUGGACAAGAUGGCGAUGGACCACCUUUAGCAGUAGCUUCACCCGAGCAAUUAGACUUAGAAAAUAUUAAACAUCAACCAAAGUUCUUAUAAUGUGUAAAAAUUGUU